AUGAGCUACUGCUACGGAAACUACUACGGCAGUCUGGGCUAUGGACUUGGAGGCCUGGGCUGUGGCUCUGGCUGCUUCCAAGGUCUUGGCUGUGGUUAUGGCUAUGGAGGGUACGGAUACGGCUGUUACCGCCCCUAUUACUACAGAAGAUAUUGGCCAUCUGGCUUCUACUGA